AGCCAAGACUCCUUUCCUCCUCUCACACCAUUAGCUCCUGCACCGUGACUCCAACCUGACAAUAAUGAGAGGAAAACAAACGUGCUGAUUUUGGGUGCAUGAAGUCAAGACAUCAGAGCCAAAAUGCCAAGUGUCAAACACAAGAAAAAGAAAGUCAAGAAGGAGAUCAAUGAAGCGGAGGAACCAGAAGCUGGGCCAGAGCCAGCUGUAGAAAUGGAGGGUCUAGAGAGUCGCAGACAGUCUGAUAGCCGAGAGCCACUGACCCCUGAACCUCAGGAGAAUCCACCACUGAAAAAGAAGAAGAAAAAGAAGGCUCAUGCUUUAGGUCAUGAGAGUGAACAACAACGAGACCUUGCUAACGGAGAUGUUCAAGAGCCCCAUACAGAUGGUGAGGAAGUUGCCAAAAAAACCAAGAGGAAACGGAAGGCCAAGAUGUUGGAGAACCAGUCCCAUAAUGAGCUAGGUGUGGAGGAAGAUGACAUCAUCACUGAUGUGCAUGCACCGAUUUCCCAACGUUCUUUAUUCUCUGCACCUCUGGGUCACAGCCAUCCAAUCGGAAAAGUGUUUGUAGAAAAGAACCGCCGGUUCCAGGCCACCGAUCGUUUGGACUUAUCCCAUGACCAGCUGGAGGAGUACAUGGAGGUUAGACCCAUGUGGAAUACACGAGAUGUUGCCAUGAGGGUCCACAGUGGCUUCAGGAUCAUUGGACUCUUCUCUCAUGGAUUUCUGGCAGGAUAUGCGGUGUGGAAUAUCAUUGUUGUGUAUGUGUUGGCCGGAGAGCAGCUGACCACACUAUCCAAACUUCUCCAGCAGUAUCAUAGACUGGCUUACCCAGCACAGUCUCUGCUCUACCUCCUGCUGUCUAUCAGCACUGUGUCUGCCUUUGACAGAGUGAAUCUGGCUAAAGCCUCCGUGGCUCUACGAGGAUUUCUCAGUCUUGAUCCAGCGGCUCUCGCUUCCUUCUUGUACUUUGCUGCUCUUAUUCUGUCUCUAAGUCAGCAGAUGACCAGUGAUCGUAUACAUCUCUACCCCACAGCCAAUGAGACACUUUGGCCACCUGGUUCAGAACAUCAGAUUCUACAGCCCUGGAUCGUCGUAAACCUGGUUGUAGCUCUGCUGGUUGGAUUGGCCUGGGUGUUUGUUGCUACACGACCAGAUAUGGACUACACUGAAGAGUUUUUAAUGGCAAUGGAAGUGGAGGAGUUUCCACGUCAUGAUGAGAAAAUUGAGAUCGCUGCCUGAGACUGAUCCAUGCUUUUCAUUUAUCACUGAUAAAAAAAAAACUAUAUUUCAGACAUUGACAAGGACUUUUAAGAUAUUAAACAGUUUUGUGUUAAUUUGAAGUAAAUAUUUUAUAUUGUACUUUAUUUUUGAGCUUGUUAUAGCUGUAUUAAUACUUAUUGUUUUAACAUGUAUUAAGUAAACAUUUUUGUAAAGUUCCAUGUCGCACUUUGAUCAUGGUCUUUUACAUUUUAUUUACUGUGAAUCUAAACUGUCUUGCCAAAAUUUGCCAUUUAUAUACUAGGAGUCAUGAACCUGUCUUGAGUCUAUUAUGUUCUUCUGGGUAGCUGACAAAUAACAUUUGUCAAACAACUAUUUUUAACAUCUGUUGUCACUGCUUGAAAUGUACAAAAGAGUCUUUAUUUUAGAGCACAUGAAACAUAAACACAAAUCUGCCAUAUUAGUCCAUUGAAAUUCUGUGAAUAACUGUGCCGUUGUAACAACGCAGGGGGCGCAUGUGCAUCACUCCAUUAAUCCAAAUUCAUUCCAUUCAUUUGAUAUGAAGACUAAUUAAUUCUGGGAUGGGUAAAUUAUGACUAGGUCAACGGAUUAUUUUAUAUUACAUUACAUUACAUUAUAUACCCACACACAAUGUAGCGUAGAAAAUUAUGUCCUCUAUAAAAUAACGGCUCGUUUGCACUGCAAUUCAUUUGUAUGUGCAGAGCAUUGAACUAAACCACAAACUCUACAUCACCACUCCACUUCUAUGAAUGAGAAAUUACGACUCCUACUAUGGCGAAGGCUAACUCAUUAAUAUUAAUCAUUUGACGUAUCUGGAUGCUUCAGCAAAUCUACCGAAAUAUGCCAAGCGUCGUCAGCCGAUCUAAUUAAUAUUCAUGAGCCAAUUCUUCGUCAUAGUAGGAUUCGUUAACGCGCUUCCCUGGUUCUCGGUCGUGUCUAGAAGGGAUCCCUCUUUCGUCAAUCUCGCGAGAUUCUACACGGCGUUUAAAGUCGCACAGCAACCAUGAGCAACCAUGAGUAAAAGAUUAUUUUAAUUGGUCUGUUUUGAUAAAUAGUCAUUCUUGAUGAUCAAUUCAAGCUCUAAAAUAAAUAUUUAACAUAAUAAAUUUGAUAACUUCAUCUCUAUGUGUGCUGUUGUCUGUCAUGAGAAAUUGUAAGUCAGUGGAAAAGUACAUCAAUCAGCGCUGAUAAAAGUAGUCUGAUUGGGUGGUCUAGUGGUAAUUAAUUCGCCCACUGCAUAAGAGGUUAAAAGUUC